AUGUCGGAAAAUUUAUUUUUUUUUUUUAUCGAGCGUAAAGAAAUAAAACAAACAUCUCACGGAGAAUUAAAAACUUUAUUAAAUUCAUCUAAAAAAAUUCAAAACAAAGAAACAAUUUUACAGAAAACAGGCGUACAAAGAUAUACGGAAUUUCCAUCAUUAAGAUAUAGCGCGACCCCAAAUCAAACGAGUUUUUCUUUAAGAAAUUCCGGUCCCCUAAGAUUAAGUUUCGGCACUGAAAAUAAUUAUAGAAAAAGUAAAUCGUGUGAAAUUACAUCGUCAUCGAAAAUAUAUAAAGAUGACAUUAAAAAUGAUUGUAACGGGGAUGUUACACCUGUUCGAAGGGUUCAUUUUGCCGAAUUGCCACCCAAAAGUAAUUCGGUCAUCGUGUCAAGUUCACCACGAUUCGCGCGUUACGGUCUUUCAACCUCCGCAAGUUUUCCAUUUCCAAUUAAAAUUCACGGACUCAAAUUGGAAAAUAAUCAUGGCGGCGGUGAAUCCGUUAAAUGUUCAAAUGUAAUUGUUAAUUCAAAACAAAAUCAAACUACGAACGUUCGUUGUCAUAGCGAAACGUUUAAAACUCGCCGAUCAAACCUGAAUCAAAUCAAUCAUACAACGCAAUUACCGGAAAUAUUGAGAGCGGCUAAAGAUGGCAACGACGAUGAAGUUACGGAAAUUCUUAGAAAGGCAUCCAUUUUUGGUAUACCAUCGGAUGAACUUAAUGCCGUCGACGGAAGCGGAAGGAGUGUGAAAUAA